CAAAUAUCUCUUCAAGAGUAAAGAUCCACAAAAUAAAAUUCAAAACAAAAUGGAAUACGCCACAAAAACUGAAAUCUAUCAGAAAAUCAAAAAACCUCUAUUGGAACGUCAAAGACGUGCUCGCAUCAACAAAUCGUUGGAUGGUCUUAAACAGCUGAUGAUCGAUCUGAAUGGUGAUAGUAAAAUUUUACGCAUGGACAAGGCUGAGAUGUUGGAGACAACCAUAACGUUCCUGCAGUCAUAUAACAAGAAAAUUAAAUCGAGUCAAAAACAGCAACAAAUUCCCAUGGAUGCCUUCCGCAAUGGAUAUAUGAAUGCUGUCAAUGAAGUAUCCCGUGUAUUGGCCUCAACACCAGGAAUGACUGUUGAAAUGGGCAAAUCCGUAAUGAGUCAUUUGGGACGGUCAUACAAUCGCUUACAACAACAAUAUCAAGAGCAACAACAACAACGACAACAGUCUACUUACCAGACAAUGCAACAGCAGCCCUUAACCGUAGAUUGUGCCCCCUUGAGUCCAGCUUCUUCAGGUUAUCACAGUGAUGAUAGUUUAAGUCCUGUCAAUUCACCUGUUGCUGCACCUUCUCAACAACCGCAACAACAACAAGUAUGGAGACCAUGGUAA